UUCCAUGGAUGUGGUUGAUCAGUAACUAACCUUACCUGUUGACCGCCGAACUGACAGGACAAAAACAAAUACUAAUUAAACGCGGCGAUUAGAAACUCUGUUAUUUGUCUUGACGAUUUUGACGAAAUAAGUAUGACUGAAACCGUCUCAGUAUCUAUAUCGGGAAUUGCGUUUUCCUUUAUUUCUUACGAAAAUGUGAAAUGUGAUUCAAAUCAAGAAGGACUUCUGUUAGGAGAGUUUAUCAGUAAAGAAACCAAUCAUGUUACGGAUGCAGAACACACAGUGGUGAAUAAACAGAAUAUCAUAAAAAUUAAAUCCGUGAUACCGUGCCCACGUCAAUUUUAUUUUUAUAAUGCCGCUGGUCUAUUAGAUAUGACAAAAUUGAACAGUAUAGUAGGUAGUGAAAAGGAUAAAGUAGUCGGAUGGUAUUUAUUUAAACAAAAGCAAAUAUCUCCACCGAAAUUGACCGUACGUGAGAAGAUAGUCCAUAAGCAAGUCGCUGCAUUAUUGAAGAUACCGUUACCUACUUUCACCACUUGUUUGUUAACUAUGAAUAGUUCGAAUACUAAAGCAACCUAUUCAUUUACUCAAACAUUUUUAAGAUACCACAUGGGCAAAUACGAGAGCGUACCAGUACAAGUUGAAAAUUUAACGCUGCCCAAGUAUUCAUAUAAAAUACCAGAACCGAUGCCAAAUAUUUUAUCCAAAGUGAUAAAGGGCAUAGAUAAGGAUAAUCUCGAAAGUCACGAAUUUGUACAAAAAAUUCAGGAAGGUUUGCAAGGCCAUAUGAAGGUUUUGUUGGAGGAAUUGAUUGACAAAGAAGAGCAGUUGUUUAAGAUGGAAGAAGAAGUAAAGAACCUUAGACGUCAAGUUAUGCUAAAUCAUGGUGAUAAAGCAAAUAAUUCGAUUGAAAUUGACGAUAGCUUAGAUGGCGAUUGUUCCAUUACAGACUCGUCUCAAGUGAGUGACAGUGUACUAGAAAAUAACAAAAAAAGGAAAGGGAAAGCACGAAAAAAUGUAAACCCAGUAACACCAUCUAAGUAUAAUACGAGAAGUGCCGCGAUUGAUACUAAUGAAGAGAACAUUUUGCAUGUCCAGGAAAUUUCUUAUUCCUUUGUUACAAAACGACAAAAUUUUGAAAAGAAAUAGUACUGGUUUAUCUUUUAUGUUUAUACAAUGUUUUCCUUUCAUUCAAACUAUGUUAAACUACUUUAUUACAAAUAUUAAACAAACAUGUUUUCAACAA